UGGGGGAGGCGGCGCGGGAGGAGCGCGAGGGGACUGGACGGUGGGCUCGGUCCCCGCAGCCGAGCAGCCGAGAGCCUCGUUCCUUCGCCGCCCUCCGCCCUCUCUCUCCCGCGGCGGCGGCGAGCGCGGACCCACCCUCCGGCGGGACCUCUGCCCUGCCCAGCGACGCCGAGCCGGCGGCUCCCUCCGCGGCCCUGGACCAGCCCUGCGCCCGCUGUCCACGGGACCCUCGCGGCUUCCCCUUUCCUCCCGGCUGCCCGGGCGCCGCGGGAAAGUGACCCACCCUCCCGCGAGGAGAGGGCAGGAGAGGAUCGCGCAGGGCGCACCGAAACCGAGAGCGGGAGAGCCGGAGUGGGCACCGCGCAGGGGCAUUGUGUGUGUGUGUGUGUGUGUGAGUGUGGGUGUGCGCGCGUGCAGCGUCGUGUCUGUCUAGAGAGCGCUCUGGGAGGUCCCGUCCCGAGGGGGCGGAGCGCAGGGGGCCGAGGCUUGGGCUCCGCGCCGGGGCAGAGUCCCGUUGAGCCCGAGCGCGAAGAAGGCAGCCGGCGGGACGGCGCGCCUGGCGGCUGGGCGGGCGCACUGAAGGGAGGCCGGGGCGCCCUCGGCCCGGCCGCGGACCCUGCCCCGAGGUAUCGGCCUCGGCGGCGCGGCCCGCUUCUACUCAAGUUCGCGGACCUGCUUGCGGGGAAGAGCUCGGAGGCCGAGAGCCGGCGCGCCGCGGAGCCCGUCCGCCCGGGGUGCGCCGCCGGAGAGCUAGGUCCCCGCCGCUGCGCGGCUGUCCGGCGUCGGGGUGUCGGGAGCGCGCCCGGCCCGGAGCCGGAGGGGCGCGCACCAUGAGCGGCGGCGAAGUGGUCUGCUCCGGAUGGCUCCGCAAGUCACCCCCGGAGAAAAAGUUGAAGCGUUAUGCAUGGAAGAGGAGAUGGUUUGUGUUACGCAGUGGCCGUUUAACUGGAGAUCCAGAUGUCUUGGAAUAUUACAAAAAUGAUCAUGCCAAGAAGCCUAUCCGUAUUAUUGAUUUAAAUUUAUGUCAGCAAGUUGAUGCUGGAUUGACAUUUAACAAAAAAGAGUUUGAAAACAGCUACAUUUUUGAUAUCAACACCAUUGACCGGAUUUUCUACUUGGUAGCAGACAGUGAAGAGGAGAUGAAUAAGUGGGUUCGUUGUAUUUGUGACAUCUGUGGGUUUAAUCCUACAGAAGAAGAUCCUGUGAAGCCACCUGGCAGCUCCUUACAAGCACCGGCUGAUUUACCACUGGCGAUAAAUACAGCACCACCAUCCACCCAGGUGGAUGCCUCCUCUGCCGCUCCACCUCCUCCAUAUCAGCUAAUUAGCCUUCCACCACACCUGGAAACCCUUGGUAUCCAGGAGGAUCCUCAAGACUACCUCUUGCUAAUCAACUGUCAAAGCAAGAAGCCUGAACCCACCAGAACGCACGCUGAUUCUGCAAAAUCCACCCCUUCGGAGACAGACUGCAAUGAUAACGUCCCUUCUCAUAAAAAUCCUGCUUCCUCCCAGAGCAAACAUGGAGUGAAUGGCUUUUUCCAGCAGCAGAUGAUGUAUGACUCUCCACCGUCUCGGGCUGCAUCCAUUUCCGUAGACUCCAACCUUUAUAACCUGCCCAGAAGUCACUCCCAUGACGUCUUACCAAAGGUGUCUCCUUCAAGUACCGAAGCCGACGGAGAGCUCUAUGUUUUUAAUACCCCAUCCGGGACCUCGAGUGUAGAGCCUCAAAUGAGGCAUGUAUCUAUUAGUUAUGACAUUCCUCCAACACCUGGUAAUACUUAUCAGAUUCCACGAACGUUUCCAGAAGGAACCUUGGGGCAGACGUCAAAGCUAGACACUAUUCCAGAUAUUCCUCCACCUCGGCCACCGAAACCGCAUCCGGCUCAUGACCGAUCUCCUGUGGACACGUGUAGCAUCACACGCACAGCCUCUGACACUGACAGUAGUUACUGUAUCCCGACAGCAGGGGUGCCACCGUCCCGUAGUAAUACCAUUUCCACUGUGGAUUUGAACAAAUUGCGAAAAGAUGCUAGUUCUCAAGACUGCUAUGAUAUUCCACGAACAUUUCCAACUGAUAGAUCCAGUUCACUUGAAGGCUUCCACAACCACUUUAAAAUCAAAAAUGUAUUGACAGUGGGGAGUGUAUCAAGCGAAGAACUGGAUGAAAAUUAUGUCCCCAUGAAUCCCAACUCUCCUCCACGACAACAUUCCAGCAGUUUCACGGAACCAAUUCAGGAAGCAAACUAUGUGCCAAUGACUCCGGGGACAUUUGAUUUUUCUUCAUUUGGAAUGCAAGUGCCUCCUCCCGCUCAUAUGGGCUUCAGGUCCAGCCCGAAGACCCCUCCUAGAAGGCCAGUUCCUGUUGCAGACUGUGAACCACCCCCCGUGGAUCGGAACCUCAAGCCAGACAGGAAGGGUCAAAGUCCUAAAAUUUUAAGACCCAAACCCCAUGGUUUAGAGCGAACUGAUUCACAAACCAUAGGUGACUUUGCUACAAGAAGAAAGGUCAAGCCAGCACCUUUAGAAAUAAAACCUUUGCCAGAAUGGGAAGAAUUACAAGCCCCAGUAAGAUCUCCCAUCACUAGGAGUUUUGCUCGAGACUCCUCCAGGUUUCCCAUGUCUCCCCGGCCGGAUUCAGUGCACAGCACAACUUCAAGCAGCGACUCACAUGACAGUGAAGAGAAUUAUGUUCCCAUGAACCCAAACCUGUCCAGUGAAGACUCAAAUCUUUUUGGCAGUAAUAGUCUUGAUGGAGGAAGCAGCCCAAUGAUCAAGCCCAAAGGAGACAAACAAGUGGAAUACCUAGAUCUAGAUUUAGAUUCUGGGAAAUCCACGCCACCACGUAAGCAGAAGAGCAGUGGCUCAGGCAGCAGUGUAGCUGACGAGAGAGUGGACUAUGUCGUGGUUGACCAACAGAAGACCCUGGCUCUGAAGAGCACCCGUGAAGCCUGGACCGAUGGGAGACAGUCCACAGAGUCUGAAACGCCAGCCAAGAAUGUGAAGUGAAAAUGCCGCUUUAAUGUCUCUGAACAAAAGAGGGCUGAGCUGUAAGGAGAAAUCCUGUUUGACCGAAGAUAACUUGACCCUUGUACUCUAGGUAGAUCCUCAACUGAACGGAGUCGAAGUCAGAGGACCUUUCAGACUUAAUCUAGCCAUUGAGCGUGUAAAUGGUGCUUUGUGGUAUCUGAACAAUUCAUCACAUGUAAAUAAUGUGGGAAAAUACUGUUGUCUGGUUCCCAGAGAAACAUUUGUUUCGUAGUUAACACACUUGUAGUAUUACUGUAUUUAUGCACUUUUUCAUUUAAAGCAUUGGUUUGGGUAUUCCCGAAUGGACCUUAACAUGAUUCUUUUGGGAGUUUUUGUUUUUUCCUCACACUACUCUUAAGAACGAUGCUAUGUGAACUAAACUACUUUCCACUGGGAAAUUGCUCUUUCAGCUGCAGGGUAACAACAUGACGUGAGAAGUAGAUUCACAAUAUACCUUUCUACCUGAAACUUAACGGGGUAACCGUUAGCUUAAACUACAAAGUAGAGUUGGACUCAUCAUUCAUUGCUUCCAAAGUGCUAAGCAUCAUGUACCUACUGGUGUCAGGACUUUGUUCUCUGGUUCAUGGACAUUUGGUUUUCAGUGGUGGAACUUUCUUAUAUUUUGUUAAUUCCAGUGUUUUGGGCUCAUUAAGUGAAGAUUCUGCCAGGUGGGAUCUUACACCUUGGAAAGAGUGAAUAAUCACACUAUCAAGUAAGCGUACAACUCACUGAUGGCAUGUGGUGACGAUGUGCUCUCACAUUUUCAACAUAUAUUAAACUUUAUGUUAUUUGCAAAGUGUAGAUUAUAUAACUAAUCAGGUACGUACCAGGCACUGAUGUGCUAAUACAAUGAUCAGGUUUAGACAGUGAGCUUUAGUUGUAUUCGUGUUAGUCCUCUAAUGCUGGUUUCCAGUUUGGAAUUAAUGGCACAAUUGACAUUCACUGUUAGUUAUAGCAACAUACUGUGAUUUUUAAUUAGACAGUCAUUCAGAUUUAUUACUCUAAGAAUGAAAUUCUGUCUUUUGACACCAUAGUGCCCUUUCUAUGAUUUUUUUAAAACUUUACUUAAUAUUCUUCUUGGCCUUAUCCUAUUUAAAUCCCUAUGCAAUUAAUAUUUUAUAUCUGCAUUUUUUUUAAAAAAUAGAUGUUAUAUAAGUGAUUCUCAUAUGUAGCACCUAUUGCUUUUCCAGUAAAAGAAUUAAGGAUUGUGUACUGUGAUUUAUAUUCACUGCCCCAAUUCAAGAAAUAUUGGAGCCUUGCUAUAAUGUGAAAUCUUUAAGUCAUGGACCUCUUCCAACCAGAUUUCUGAAACCACCAGAGGUAUCGUAUAAUUCUGUCUCACCUAUAACAUGGUCCUAUAGCAAGACCACACAUUAUCUACAGGAAGGCUACAAUUUAUCUGUCUUGGCUUUGCAAUGUAAUUUAGAAAGCAGGUAUAGUUAUUGGUUUGAUUGGUUUUUAACUAAGUUACAUACAAUCUCUUAUGUACUGAUUUGAGACUUACUAACAAUGUUUGGAGGGGGCAUAGAGAUUGAAGAGCCCACAGCUGAGGCAUGUUUCCCUCCAUGCAGACCUUUAAUGUUACCUGAGUACACAGAUGUGCCCUGAUUUCUGGCCCCUUGGUCACCGUACUGUGCCUAAUCAAUGUAAUGGGUUUAUGUCCCCUCCAUGAGCUAAAAACGUUCAUAACAAGAUGAAUUGUAGACAAGUAACAUUUGAUGCUUUUAAAUGUUUGCUUCUUUUUAAACAAAAACUAAAACCCAGAACUGAAUUUUGAGGUGGAUUUUUAAAUAAAAAAAAACAUUGUUUGAGUUUGCUGUGAGUAAGCUGUUUUAUAAUGAAACCACAAAAUAGAGUCGAAAAUCAGUGAAAUGUGCCUCAACUGUCAAAACACAUAACACAGUUGAUGUGUGAAGAUACCAAAUUGUGUUGCAUGGAGGAUAAACAUACUUUGAUAUUUAGAACACAACAAUAAAUAUAUUGUUAAUUCAAAAAUAGAAAUCUUGGGAGCUUCCCUGGUGGCGCAGUGGUUUAGCAUCCGCCUGCCGAUGCAGGGGACACGGGUUCGUGCCCCGGUCUGGGAAGAUCCCACAUGCCGUGGAGCGGCUGGGCCCGUGAGCCAUGGCCGCUGAGCCUGCACGUCCGGGGCAUGUGCUCCGCAACGGGAGAGGCCACAGCAGUGAGAGGCCCGCGGACCACAAAAAAAAAAAAAAAAAAAAAAUAGAAAUCUUGUUUUAAAAG